CAAGUAACAAUGCAAAACGUUCACUGCGUACAUACUCUGUCCCUCUCUCACCAUGUCUAUCUAUCUGUCAAUCUUUCUAUAUUAAUCUGUCAAUCAAUCUUUUUUAUCUAUCUAUCUAUCUAUCUAUCUAUCUGUAUCUCUAUAUGUCUAUCCAAUCAUUUACCUCUAUCUAUUUAUAAAAAUUGUGCGUGGUUAUGUAUAACAACUGAAUACUAUAGUUCAGUGAGGCGUUUCAAGGGUAUCUGCCGCAUUUUCCAAAUAACCUGACCUUUUUGUCCUAACCACAAAGCGGUCUUUACCAGCGCCUUAGUUUCACAUUUUAUUUUCACAGGUGUGAAAACGAGCCCGUGACUUCAGACAACAGGCGCUGCCUGGCGCCAUUGACCAUGAUGGGCCAUCAGCACACCCUCUGAGACACAGCAGCCCGCCGUGAAGGUGUCCAGGGCCGCCAUGGGUCAGGAAUCCUAAGGGAGCACGAUCCGGCCAGCGGCACCAUGAGUGAAGACGCCGGGGCCAGGCGGCCCUCUAUCGCCACCAUUUUCAACCCUCGUCGAGGGCGGGGAUCGACGCCUUCGCGCCCCUCGGUUGUGGUGACGGAUGAGGACUCGCCGGGCCCGCCGCUGCAGCUGUCCAAUGGAUCUGGCAUGCGUGUGGGGUCAGCGGGAAUAAGCGGCCGCUGCGGCACGCCCGGUGGCAGUCUAUCCAUCAACCAGGGCUCGCCCGUGCCACACCCUGACGGUGACUCUGGCUCAGCGACGGAGAGCCCUCGGGACGGCCAGCCUUCCAAGUGUGCUCGCCUCAAGCAAGCCUUCCUCUCCCAGACCACCAAGAAGAUCGUGGUGGGAUGGUUGGUCACCUGCUGUGUCACCACCGCAUGGGUCGGCGCAACACACCUUAUCAAGGACAUGUUCCUACGCCAAGCCUACCUCCCUGCAGCCCCCCCUUCGCCCCCAAUGGACACCACCGUUUCAUCCAACGCUACUGGAGCCCAACCCAAGCAGAGGGAGGUGUUUGACGCGCCCUUCUUCACCACCUGGUUCUGCACCGCCUGGACGGGCCUCUUCUUCCCUCUCUACCUCGCCUGUCAUUCCUGUUUCCGGCGGGACAAGGACUCUCUCAAGGUCUCCCUCAAGUCCAUCGCUCAGAACUUCAGGGAUCGCGGCGUCACGUUCAGCAAGUUCAUGACCCGGUGCUGCCUGUUCUGCCUGCUGUGGGUGGUGACAAACUACAUGUACGUCUACUCGCUGCGUAUCUUGGACUGCACCGAUGUCAUGGCCCUAUACUCAGCGCACGUGUCCUUUGUGUACCUUCUCUCCUGGGUGAUCCUGCACGACCAGUUUGUGGGCGUCAGGAUCGUGGCGGUGAUCCUGUGCAACACGGGCAUCGCCCUACUCGCCUACAUGGACGGCAUUACGCGCACCAAGACACUGGGCGGCGUGGUGCUGGCUGCUGCCUCCGCCGCUGGAUCGGCCGUCUACAAGGUGCUCUUCAAGAAGGUGAUAGGAGAGGCAAGCUUCGGCCAGGUGAGUCUAAUCUUCACGGUGAUAGCGCUCCUCAACACCAUCCUGCUGAGCCCCAUCGUGGCUGCCUUUUACUUCAGCGGGUACGAGGUCGUGGUGUGGAGUCACCUGCCGUGGCCCAACCUGCUUAUCGCUGCUGCCCUGUCACUAGCUGCCAACCUGCUGGGUAAUUUUGGCGUUGCCUUUACCUUCGAAAUCUUCAUUACCCUAGGAUUGGUACUGGCCAUACCUGUGUCAGCGGCUCUGGACAUCAAGUGGUACCACGUCAAGUUUGAGGGCAUGAAGCUGGCCGGGGUUGUGCUCAUUGUGUGCGGCUUCUUCCUGGUGCUCUUCCCCGCCAACUGGCCUGAGUACAUCACCAAAGUUCUCCGCUGGGGCCGACACAGAAAGCGCAACCAGCCCCGUCAGCAGCCCGAGCCCAUAGAUUACCGCACCGGCCUCAUCUCCCGCUCCCACCUCCGCUCCCCCUCGGGAUUAAUACGAUAAUCUGAUUCACGGAAAAAUAUCAACUUUGCUUCAUAAACUUCAUACUGUAUAUUGUAUGUAUUAUUUGCAUGACAAACCAUAUAUAGCACAUACCAUCCUAUAUUUGUGAGUUCUUACCUCUCUUUAGUUAUGACUCUCUUGCAGCCGGUAAUACCGUAAUGUACGAACUAGACUAUCCCCAAGUAAAAAAGAAGACUAUUCUGUAUUAAUAACAUAGUGUCUUUCGGUGUUUUAUACCAAUUUACAGAGGAAAUACUGUACAGAUUGUAAGCAACCAGUGUUUGUACUAAAACAAUAUGUUUCAUACAUGUUUUAUAAUCUUAUUUCAGACCCAAAAUAUAAUAGGUUAUUAGUGAUUUCAAAUAUUUAUGGUCUCGAAGGAGGAAAUUGCGAAACAAAUGGGAAAAAGGUGUGGUGUAUGUAUAAUGAUGAGCUAGUGGGUGGAGGGACGUCAGGGUUAGCUGCUAAGGACUGUGUAAAUGCUAAACUACCUAGCACGGCAUAACAAGUUACUAUAGUUUUAGUUAGUUCAUGUUUGGUCGUUCACGUCAUCUUCGUAACAUUACUAAUUAUUUUCAGGAAUAAUAGUUCCAAUCAGCUUAUGAAAAUUCCUGAUUUAGAAAAAGAAGAAAAUUUACGGUUUGCAAAGUGUAUACUCGAAUAAGGCAUUCGGUUAUUGUCUGUAUGUGAUUUUUUUCAUUAUUAUCAAGCAAAAACAGAUUAUAUGAAGAAAAAAUAAUUUCCUAUUCAUCGUGUAAUUAGUCAUUAAGUUAUGUAUCAUUGGUUUCGCAUUGCUUAAUUCCAAUCGAGUCUAUGAUCAUUAAUUUUGUAAAAGAGUGCACCAAUGGCAUUUAAGCUUUACAACGCUCUUGUUUUGUAAAACUAGAUUUGCUUUAGUCAGGUUGAGGGAGGAAGGCCAUGUGUGUAUCCGUGGCAUGGACAUUUUACAGCGCUGGGGUAUGUAUGAAUAUGACUUCCUGAUU